CAUUUGAUGUAUCGCCCAACUAUUUCUCUCCGACCCAAUUUUUAAUCUGGCCUAUGUUUCAGGCGUGUUAAGGUCGCCCCGCCAUUCUCAAAGUGGAGGAGGUCCUUCAUGCCAUCAACAACUCAUCGCAUAAGGCCAGCAAUGGAAUCCGUCCUUCAUCUCUUGCUUCCCGCUCCUUUUCCCCAUCUCAAUCUCCCUUCUUCUUAUUCAUCCUCGUCCCACAACAAAACCCUAACCCUCUGUCCCGCUGCUGCUCGCAAGACCCCCAAGGGAUUCGGCCCCGCCAUCUCCUCGCAACAAUUCAAAAAUAAAAGACGAAAGAAGAUUUUGAGCCCAAACGAGGAUGAUGAAGCAGAGUAUGGCGAUGCGGAUGAGAGAGACGACGCCGCGGGGACUAUCCCCGAGGUAGUGACGAAUCGAAUGAUGCAGCGAAUGGGGUUGUCUGUGGGCGUUCCUUUGGGCACCGGCCUUCUUUUCUUCCCCUUGUUCUACUAUCUGAAGGUGGUGGUGAGGGUAGACGUGCCCAACUGGAUACCUCUCCUGGUCUCCUUCUUCUUUUUUGGGGCUUCUCUUCUUGGUGUCAGCUAUGGGAUCGUGUCUGCGAGCUGGGAUCCACUUCGCGAGGGUUCUGUACUCGGAUGGAAUGAGGCGAGAAGGAAUUGGCCUGUGUUCUGGCAGUCGCUUCGGAGCGGCGAGCGUAAGAAGUAGCGCAUGCGCGGUUAGUGUUUGAUUUCUUGCUUUAGUGAA